AUGUCUCUCGACUCCGUUACCAGCGGUCUCGGCAAGGGCCUGCCUGUGAACCAAGUCACCGAUAAGGCGACCGGGAGCGCGCAAACGCUAGCGAGCGAUCCGGUCAAAGGAGUCAGCGAUACAACCAAGACAGUCGGCGAUACGUCUAAGAAAGUCACGGAACCACUCGUCCCCGGAGAAUUCCCAGCCGACGAUGCGGCCGAGAAGAAGUACCAAGGCGAACAGCCCGAAGUUAAUUUCACGGCGCUAUGGACCUCGUUCAGCCAAUGGGUGGCCGAACUGUUCCCACAGGCCGUGGACCUUUUCGAGUACGUUGUUCAAUGGGUGGUGAAUCGGUAUUUCCCGCCGCCGAAGCAGGCGGCGAUGUAUGAGGCUAUGCUCAAGCGGCCGAUUGCUUCGACAUUCCUGAUCUGUCAGGCGAUCUGCUGUGGAGUUCCGCUGUUGGUGUUCUUGGUGGGCGUGUUCUUGUUCGCGGUAGUUUCGGUGAUUCUGUGGGCGCUCUUGUCAUUGCUUAUUCUCGGGCCGAUCCUCCUCGUGGCCAGCAUGAUGGGCAUUUCGUUGUGGGGCUGGGGUUGGAUCUUGUACGGGUUGAUCAAAUGGGUUGACCAGAUGUUCCUCGGAGGAAUGAUUACUCGCUUCUGGCUUGGGAAAUCACCGGAGCAGGUGGAGGCAGAGGCAGACGCCCAGGCGGAGGCAGAGAGCGAAGCGGCCCCGGAGGCUGAGAAAAAAGACAAUUGA